AUGUCCAAUUCCAAGAAAAAAGUGGAUUGGUACAAGACUGUCUUGGGAUCACGAAGAAUAGUGGAAGAGAUGGUGGUCAAGUCAGAAACACAGUCAAAUCAGAUCGACACUUUAGAGAUAAUGUUAAGCUCCAAAGGAUCUGGAUCCCAAAAAGUUGGGACUCUAACGACAGAACAGCAGGUUAAGGUUGAGGACGAUAUAAGACAAAUAUAUGAAUCAAUUCUAGAUGACGGCCAAUUACCCACACUUGAAACAACUCAGCAUCGCUCCUUUGUGAAAUAUUUUUUAGAAACGAACUUACCAGCUGGUUUUAUAGCUUUGGAUGCCUCUCACACUUGGAUGAUUUUCUGGUUAGUCAACUCCUUCCUGUUACUUGGCGGGAAGAUCGACGAGGAUAUGUCGAACAGAAUUUCAGAGAACAUCCUUUCGUAUUUGAAUGAAGAUGGAGGAUUUGGUGGAGGGGCAGGGUUGAUUUCUCAUGUAGUCUCCAGUUACGCAGCGGUUAUGGCCCUCUGCUUGUCAAAUGAUCACCAUGUUUUGGACAAAAUUGAUAGACAGAAAACCUAUGAAUGGCUUCUCAGUUUGAAGCUCGAAGAUGGCUCAUUUUGCAUGUAUAAAGGAGGAGAGGUAGAUACUAGAGCUGUGUAUUGCGCUCUGGUAAUUGCUAGUGUUCUGGGGAUAUUAACCCCAGAGCUGGUGGCUGGUACAGCUGAAUGGUUAGGCAGAUGCCAGACAUUUGAAGGUGGGUUUGGUGGGGUCCCAGGAGAUGAAGCACAUGGAGGCUAUUCAUUCUGUGCUGUGGCUGCUUUAAGUAUACUUGGCCCCCCUCAGGAAAUAAUCACUAGACAUUGCGAUUUGAAAAAUUUGGUAAAGUGGUCAGUUAACAGACAGUUUCAAUUGGAGGGAGGCAUGAAUGGACGCACAAACAAAUUGGUGGAUGGAUGCUAUAGUCAUUGGGUAGGAGGUAUAUUCCCCUUCUUAGAAUUGGCUACCCAAUGCGAUUUACUUGACCGUGCUGCCCUGAAAAAUUACAUACUAAUAUGUUGUCAAGAAGAAAAUGGAGGACUAAGAGAUAAACCAGGGAAAAGACCAGACUUCUAUCACACCAAUUACGUCUUAUGUGGCCUAUCGCUUUGUCAGCACAAGGCCAAACAUGACCCUGCAUUAAUGACAGAAAAGUUAGGAGCCAGUGCAUUUGCAUAUCGGGUGGAGAGAAUUAAAGAUCCCCAAGAAGAUCCAGCCAACUUCAUUGAGCCGUUGCAUCCAAUUUUUGGCAUUCCGAUGAAUACUGUGCUGAAAAACAGAGAGUUAUGA